AUGGACGACUCCCUUUCCCACCGGGCCAGUGAGAGUACCGACGAUGCUUCUAACGACUCCCCCGGAUCCUGGGAUGCGGAUGGCCCCUCCGACAGUUCACCUCCAGGCGAGGUGGGCGUUAGAAUCCAUGACGCUUCCCAACCCUUCCCAAAUCCCACGAUCGGUUCGUCCAAAACUUACCGAUUCAACGUGAUCGCUUCGCCAGAGCCCGAUGCGUCCAUGGUUGAUGUAGCGCCCAAAGUAGAGGAACUGGACGACACCGACGAUCUCCAGAGUAUCAAACCGGUGGGAGUGGAGACUGGGACCCAUGCGACGACCUCGACUAAUACUGCGGAUUCCACGGCAACUCCCGUCAAUGUCCCACGGAAACGUGGUCGUCCACGCAAACAUCCGCUGCCCAUACCAGGAGGACAGGUCAAGAUCACCAAGGGUCGCUCAAAAACCGGCUGUAUCACCUGUAGGCGGCGCAAGAAGAAAUGUGACGAAACCAAGCCUUCAUGUUUGAAUUGCCAGAAGAACGCUGUUGUCUGUGAAGGAUAUCCUCCCAAGGAAAUUUGGCGGAGUGGGAAGCAGAAACUUGAAGAUGCAGCAAGAAGCCAAUCCAUCAUCACCCGUUCUCUGCCCCUGUUAAUCGAUGGCAUCGAAACGGAUAUCGACCGACGGUUACUCGACCAUUUCGUCUACGGCUUCAGUCGGGUCUUGACCCUCAUCAACGAUGACUCCAAUCCCUUCAAAGAAAUCCUUCUGCCCAUGGCUACUCAGCACCGAGGUUUGAUGCAUUCGCUGAUGUGUCUGUCGGGUUCCCACUUGUCAGUAUUAGAUCCGGAGCCAAGGGUGAAGGAGCGAAAAUACUACCACUUCCACCGAGCGAUCCGAGAUCUAAAGGACAAUAUCACUGCCUCGUCGAGUAGCCAACCAGGGGAAGAGCCCGAGCUGUUGGUGGAGGACCCGAUCAUCGCGUCCACGAUUGCUCUCAGUUUGAAUACGAUCUGCGAAGGAGAAACCAAGGGCGAGUACCGACCGCACAUGGACGCCGCAAGAUAUCUGCUCGUGACCCAGAAACCGCGCAACGAAAAGUUCCGCCAGUUCAUCGUGGAGUUCUUCCAGUACCACGAUGUUUCAAACUCGAUCACGUCGCUGGAUCGGCGACCGGCGCUGCUCCAUGGAGAAUUACGGCUGCCGGAUUUCGUGCCGCACGCGCAGGCGGGCAUGUUCUUGGGCGUGUUUGACGGGUUGUUUAACUAUAUUUCGGAUGUGACUCGGCUGCGGGAUCGCAUCCGACAACGAUUCGACGAGGGGUACGAGCCCGCGGUCGACUACCAGAUCCUCAGCGAUGCGGUUUCGAUCGACUCGGCCAUUCGGACGUGGGAAACCUCUCACCCUCCCAACACCCCGAACUGGUCCCUCGCGCAGUUGUACCGACAGUCGACCUGGGUUUACCUCUACCGCACCAUCCGACCGUCGCGACCAAGUGACAAGAUCGCUCAAGUGGUGGACGAUGGAUUGGAGUACCUGGAUCAACUACCACAAGACUCGGGCGCCUUCAGUAUUGUUCUGAUGCCGUUGUUCCUGCUCGGGUGCUCUGCAUUCUUGCCCCGGCAGCGGGAGCGGAUCCACAAGGGAUUCGAGGCCCUCAAGGCCUACUCCAAUCUCCGCAAUAUCGAACCGGCCUUCAAGGUGGUCGAGCGCGUAUGGGAGGUUAUGGACACGAAGACGGAGGAGAGCUGGGACUGGGAGAAGAUCAUUCAGGAGAUGAACAUGGAUUUCCUCAUCACCUGA